ACAUUUUCAAGCAAAGAGCUUCACACCAAGAAAAUGGCAGACAUCCAUGAUCCCCAUUUUGCCGCUGUUUUUGGCCUUCUUGGUAAUAUUUUAUCAUUCUUUGUUUAUCUUGCUCCAUUGCCAACUUUCUGUAAGAUCUUCAAGAGAAAAUCAACAGAAGGGUUUCAAUCCAUACCAUAUUCAGUGGCAUUAUUCAGUGCCAUGUUGUUGCUUUACUAUGCCUUCCUCAAGACAAAUGCACUCAUGCUCAUUACAAUCAAUUCCAUUGGAUGUGUCAUUGAAUCCACAUACCUCAUUCUGUUCAUGAUAUAUGCAACCAGAAGCGCAAGGAUAUACACAACAAAGCUUCUGCUCCUCUUUAACCUUGGGACAAUUGGAUUGAUCAUCAUUCUAACAUUCAUAUUCUCCAAAGGAUCUCAAAGAAUUACAAUCGUAGGAUGGAUUUGUGCUGUAUUCUCCGUUUGUGUCUAUGCAGCUCCUCUUAGCAUCAUGAGACUGGUAAUAAUAAGAUCAAAGAGCGUCAAGUACAUGCCAUUUUCAUUGUCAUUCUUCUUGACAUUAUGUGCAAUAACAUGGUUCCUCUACGGCUUCUCUCUGAGAGAUUACUACAUAUCGACACCAAACAUCCUAGGAUUCAUGUUCGGAGUUACUCAGAUGAUAUUGUACACCAUCUACAGCCUUAGGAAGAAAGAAACUUCGCCGGAAACCAAGCCACAAGAGCAAACAACAAACAGUAUCCAGAUGAGCAGCAACGUGGAGCAGCCGCCACUGGAGAUGGCUGUAGUAAGCAUGGGGAUUGGGAACACACAAGUUGUGCCUGAUAGUGCUGAACUUAAUGUGUGACCUCUCUCUGAUGGUGCAUGGAACAUGAAAACCGAUUUUUAUUCGUUAUUUUUUAUUUUAAAAAUAUAGAGGGAAGCAGAAAAAUGCAUGAGAAGCAAAUAAUGUUUCGUGGGGAAAUUGUUUGAGUGGAAAUAAUUUUUAGGGAAGGAAUAAGAGAGUGCUUUACAA